AUGGCCGAAAACGUGGCACCCACGACAGGCAUCGCCGGCGCCACGCCGAGCCUGCAAAUGUACAAGCAGGAACAGGUCAAGCUCAAGGCCAUGCUCGAGCAGCGCAACCAGGUCGCCCGCCGCCUCGCCGCCAUCGAAUCCGACAUUGAGACCAAGGAGGCCGCCUACCUCGACUCGACGCCCCACGGCAACAUCAUCGCCGGCUUCGACAACUACAUCAAGGGCACCAGCGGCGCCGGCGCCCAGCGCCGCAAGCAGGGCAACACGGAGCAGCACCGCGUCUUCUCGCGCUCCAGCAUCUCCUAUCGCCCCGGCAUGCAGGAGGUCACGACGCCUGGAUCUGUCGGUUCGACCCCCGCGUCCCACGCGCCGACGCCCAUGUCUACCUCCUUCAAAGACAAGGAUGGUGCGACGCCGACGUCGACAACGGCUGGCAAGGGCAAGAAGAAUAAGAAGCAGAACGAGGAGGACAGCGAGGCCGAAUCCCACGCGCCGAAUAAGAAGCGCAUCAACUUUGGCGCCGCGCGCAAGUGA